CCUGCUACAUUAAAAAUGAGGGCGUCACCGAUCCUAAGUAUCCUAAACUAUAUCUGUCUGUCCCUGAACCUGCAAGAACGCCUGCUGCUCCUACGGAGCGUAUAUAAGACUGACGGCGUUCUAUUACAAUGCGCAGUGUUAGAUUACCAUCUCGUCGACAACAACCGAGCAUUGCGUUUGUUAGCGCUUGGAGAACUCGUUUUUACAGUUGCAAUUCGUACACUCUCGAUUCAAGUGCGGAAAAGCUCGCGGAUUUUAUUAUUCGUCAUGGAGAACAUACACGCGUCAAAUCGGGUUGAUGCGAUUCGCAGCGACAAGACCACCACCAGUUUCGUGAAAGAUGCGCCGAAAAUUACGAGAUACUCGUUGGCCGAUUCGGCUGACGGAUCCAACAGCGAUAUGGACUAUCACAUUCAGAUAAUUACUAAGGAUGAUCAAAUGAGGGUGAUCAAGUUCCUGAGGAGAUUCUUUUUCAGAGAUGAGCCGCUCAAUCAGAGCGUCCAAUUGAUUCCAGAGGGUGAAGACAGUACUUGUGUGGAAUUGGAGGACUACUGUAAUCUCGCCUCGUUCGACAAUAACUUGAGUCUAAUGGCAGUUUCCGCGAAUGAUGCAAUUGUUGGAGUUCAGCUCAAUGGCAAAAUAGAUCCUCCGUCGAAUGAAGAACCAGAAUAUAUACGAUUGUGUAAAAACGCAAAACUUAAGAAGAUACUGAGAUUACUACAUCACAUAGACAAAGGUGCGAAUAAGGAAGGAAAAUUUCGGGAUUCCAAUGUCUUGGAGAUCAGAAUACUUUCGGUGGACACGAAUUGGAGAGGACAAGGUAUCGCGAAGACUCUCAUGGAAAAAACAGCAGAAAUUGCAAAGGAGCAAGGAUUUCAUUACCUCAGGGCAGACUGCACGUCCUUUUUUUCCGGUAAGUUGUGCCAGCGACUUGGCUACGAUCCGAUAUAUAAAGUUAAUUAUAACGACUAUGUGGAUGAGGAUGGAAAGCCAAUCUUCUCACCUGCGUCACCGCACAUAGCUGCUGUCACAUAUAUAAAGAAAUUAUGAAAAUAAAGAUGGGAUUGAAAAGAGAGUGCAUCUGGGAUGUACGAAAGUUGUGUGAAGAAUAAUAAAAAGUAGGAUAUAUUAUUAAAAUAUAUAACGGUAUCUUUACUGUAAAAAAAA